GGGAGGAGAUUUCCGCUGCUCUACUCAUGCCGCCAUCUUGCCUCCCUCUUCCAGUGCUUUUCAAACUGAUGAUAUAGUCCAUGUUGAUUUCUGUAAGAAAAUGUUUAAAGAAUUUUUUAUUAUGUAAAUAGUAUAACCCUGUUUAUAAAUGAGGACUACACUGAGUGAAUAUGAAUUAUUUGGUAUAUUUUCUUCCAGUCUCUUACUGUGUGUGAUUUUGUAUUGAUGUUCAUAGUUGUGACACUUACAAAUGUAGUUGCUAUGUUACACUGGUUUUUAUGUAUAAUAAACAAUAAUUAUUAAUUUUUAAUGUGACACGUUUUGUCUAAAUUGAGUUUUGUUUUAAUCUGUGGGUGUGAUAGUAAAGAAGAAAUUGGGGAGAAUUUUAGAAUGUAAAGUCUGGGGCAUUAUAGUAUCCAACCAAGUAAUGUGAACAGUAAUUUUCAAAUGUCAGCUGUCCUAGAAACAAAAAGAACUUGUUUGGAAUCUGAAGGUGGUGGGAUAAGAGGUGGAUGGGCAUAGGGGAAGGUUGGCUAGUCAUACCUGUGCAGUUCUUUGGACUUCGAUGCUGACAGGUUAGAAGGAUACAUGCUUGACCACCAUGUAUUUUCUGGUAUUAAGUCUUUUCUUCCCUUUGGGAAUGAAAUGGAGAGAACUUGUUUAAGUUUGUGUAUAUUUACCCCUAAAAUGUUUCUUAUUGUGGAACUAAUUUAUUGUUUUUAACAUAAAACAUUGAGAUGCUACAAAAGUUGAACAAUGAUCUUUCCAGAGUAUGUUUAUGUUACCUGUACUUAUAAAUACAUUCUCCCUUAUUUUUGAUAGUUCUGUAAUAUUGCAUCAUAUUACUGUGUCACUCCUUUCUGGUUAGGACUUAGGCUGUGUCCAACCUUUAGCCAUUAUAAACAAAGCUGCAUUUUUGUUGUUUCAUCUUUACAUGUGUGUGUGAUCCUUAUAAGGUAAAUCCUUAGAUUCCUCUUUCUCCCAGGGCUGAUUCUGAUGCCUGGCCCAAGAGCACAGGUGUCUUUCAGGAUGAAGAACUCCUUUUCAGUCACAAGCUCUAGGACAAUGACCCAGAUGUUGACAUUUUCUCCAGCACCAAAAAAACCAGGGUCAGUUACGAAUGGCUCUCCAUAUCGUGACUUUGCUAUUGUAUUAGAAAUUAUCUCAGCUGCUCACCUUGUUCUUUGUAAAUUGUUUUGGUUUGGAUGUUGAAUUUGAGUUUAUACUCUAUUCUAGUUGUUAGAGCCAAGUGUUGGGAGCCUGUUUGGGGAUGAUGAAGAUGAUGAUAUGUUCAGCUCUGCCAAGUUGAAGCCUUUGAUACCAGCCUUUUGUUCUCAAUACUGGUGGAGGAGUGGAAAGAUUUCUGGGAAAGGAAAUUAAUGUCCAGUUACACGGUUAAGGAAAAUACACGGAAUUGUGAUACCUGAAAAGAAGGUAGUGAAAAAAGACCACUCUAUUUCCUCUUUGAGGAACCAGAGCAUAUGGAGUCCACUCAAGGUAUCAAAGAAAAAAGCGAAUGGAAACUGGAAACACCUCAGAGCAGAGUGAAAGUCAGAGGAAAGCGCAGUCCACAGACCCGAGCAGCUCGGCAGUUGGCUGCCCAGGAGUCCAGUGAGGCUGAGGACGUGAGUGUCCCCAGAAGAUCUGUUGCACAAUUGGCAGAUAGCACCAUUUCACCAGAUGGCUGUCAGCCACAGCCCAGAACACGUGGUGGAAAAGACUCUGAGGAAGCUGUGGCAACUGCUACUCCACCUUGGGCAGGUGUUCCCGUGCUUGGAAUGAAUGGAAACUCCUUUGCGAAAUCUUUGGGUCAGCCUCUUGAGAAUGACAUUUUUGAUUCGGAGGACAUUUUUUCCAAGGGCCCUGGUUCUCAGUCCACUGGGAGAAGAACAGUCUUGGUGAAGGCAGCAGAGAGCCUAGCUACAUCUCCAGGGGGAAGUAAGGAAAAGAGCUCCGUGUUUCCUGCUCUAGGUGAGGCAGGCAGUGAUGAUGAUCUCUUUCAGUCUGUUACACCAAAACCAGCAAAGAAAACAAAUCCCUUCCCUCUCCUGGAAGAUGAGGAUGAUCUCUUCAUAGACCAGAAGGGUAAGAAAAAUGAGUCAAAAUCCAACCAUCAGCAGGAUGUCAUCUCAAAAUCACAAGAUAUUUUUGAGGAUGAUAUAUUUGCUACAGAAGCAAUUAAACCCUCACAGAAAACAAGAGAGAAGGAAAGAACAUUUGAGUCUAACUUGUUUGAUGAUAAUAUUGACAUCUUUGCUGACUUAACUGUAAAACCAAAAGAAAUGUCCGAAAAGAGUGAAGCCAAGUCUGUAUUUGCUGAUGAUAUGGAUGACUUAUGCUCCUCUGGUGUCCAGGCUAAGAAAACCAAACCGAAAAGUCGAUCCUCACAGGCAGUGCCUGAACUAAAAAUCGAAAAGAAGGUGUCAGACAUAUUUGAUGAUCCCUUGAAUGCUUUUGGAGGCUAGUAGAAUGGACAGGGUAUCAUAUCUAACCCUUCAGCUGCAUCUUUGAGUUAAUGAUGCUAUCUUAGGUGCCCAUUGUCUUAACUGAAUUAUAAAAGCAAAUACUGAAACAGCUAACUUACCUCUUAUCCAGUGUACUUUGUAUUUUUCUACAGUGGUUUUAAUCAUGGCUUAAUACUGCAAAACAAAAAUAAAUGUUUCACAAUGUUGUUGGGGUAUUUUCAUUGUUUUUUUCCCCUUUAAACUAUAUUUUAAUUAGCCUUGGUAGGAUCACAGUAUGAUUUAGGGCAUGUUGGACAAUAAAUAUAUUUGUACCUUUCGUGGGUGGGCAGGGAAUCCUAGAAGUAGAAGAUGCCAGACAAAUGGCCAGGAGUCUUUCUAACCUGAAUGGGAGCCCGAGCUUAGUCAGAGCGUGGACAAGUAAUAAAGAAAGAGGAUGUGAGAUUAUAUACUUCACGAUUCUUUGCAAUAGGAGAGGGGGAUUUCCUCUGAUUCCACUGUAUUCUGAAGAUGCCUGUACAGUUUCACUGAAGCCAGGUCUGGUAAAUUAUGGCAUUCUACUGUCUUUUUUUUUAAAUAAAGUUUUAUUGGAA